ACCAGAAAUUUGCCGACAGGGGCGUGCAAAAUGUUCUUUUACCGACACUUAUCCCGCUUGAUUUACUAGAAAAAGAAAAGAAGCAUAUUGCUGGGUUUAGUCCUGAAUGUUUUCAGAUUGAAAAAAUUGGGGAGAAAAAAACUGAAACCCCUCCCUUUUUUCGGAAUACUGAAUUUCCGUGGCAAGAAGGACACACUAUCCAUAGUAAUGCCGAAGAAGCCAAGCAAUUUGCGUUAAAUAUUCUUUCUAUUUACCAUGAUUAUGCUGAAAAUGUCCUUUGCCUUGGAGUAAUAGUUGGAAAAAAAACUGAAGGCGAGAAAUUUGCCGGAGCCUUGGAAACCUACACGGUGGAGUGUUUGUUGCCGGAUGGACAAUGUUUGCAAUUUGCUACCAGCCAUUAUUUUGGCGAUAAUUUUUGUCGCUUGAUACAGGUCAAAUUUCAAAAUAAGGACAACCAAAUACAGCACCCUUUUUCGACUUCGUGGGGAACUUCAACCCGUGCCAUUGGUGCGGUUGCCAAAACUCAUGCCGACCAUUGA